AUGGACAAAGAAACAUCGACGCUUCAAGAUGCUUUUAAACCCCAAAUGGCCGAGGUAAAUUGCACAAACCCUUCAACGCCAGGAGAUCUGUGGUAUCAGAUCUUACAUAUCUGGCGCAGUCCAGACUCAGGUCUCGUCAAGGCGUCACACCUAUUUCCUAGACGACAAGCAAGAUUCAUGAACUCCAUCUUUGGAGACGGUGCUAGCCGAGAUUUAUUUUUACCUUGCAAUGGUUUAUUCCUACAUCCAGCGAUUGAGAAAGCCCUUCACAGCGGGUAUAUAGCUAUUAUUCCCGACAUGGGACUUAAUGAUUGGUUCCAAUGGUGGGACAUAGCCAAUUUAUCCCAAAUGGAGGUCCCAAGAGGGGAGCAUUACGUGCGGUAG